CAUGGGAGCAGGUCUCCAAAUAAGCAGCAGUAAUGGCAGAUACCAGGACUUUCAAAGAUGCGAGGACUACACUUCUUUCAGCCCAUAAAAACACAGGGCCCAAGGAGAAGGUUGCAUUCUAUGACACCUGGGCUGAGAGCUAUGAACAGGAUACCACAAUAUUGGACUACCGUGCCCCUUUUUUAGCUGCAGAAUGCAUUGCUUUACACUUCACAAGCGAGAAAGAGAGAGCCGUUAUUCUGGAUGUGGCUUGUGGGACAGGGCUGGUCUCUGCACAUCUGAAGAAAAUGGGGUUUCUGCAUUUUGUGGGAGUGGACGGAAGCGAGAAAAUGUUGAAUCUGGCCAGAAGAACAGGCCUGUAUCAGGAGCUUAAGCAGUGCAUGCUGUGUCAGGAUCCCUUGCCUGUAGAAGAUGAGUCAAAUGAUGUUGUAGUAAUUGUGGGAGCUCUCAGUAUUGGGAACGUGCCAGUGGCGGUCAUCAAGGAGCUCUGGCAAGCCACCAAGCCGGGUGGGUAUGUGUGCAUGACUACAAGAGGGAAUGCUGAUAAUCUGGAGUACAAAGCAGAGCUGGAACGAGUGAUUCAAGAGAUGGAGGAAGAAAGGAAAUGGCGUCGUAUAGCUGUCAAUGUAGUGAACGAGUGGGAGAAGGCAGUAUCUGAUCAAGAGUGUGGGUACAUAACAGGAGUUGUUUAUCUUUAUCAGAGAACUUGUUAGAUACAGACUUAGUGCUAGAAGCUGGGAGAAAAGACAUGAUACUGUAUAUGCAUGCAUGGGCUUGAAAUUGCAGAAGGGCCUGACAGUGAAUUUGUGUGUAAUAUUUAGUCAGGGUGAUUUUAAAUAAACAAUGGCUAAUGAAAACAGUUCAUAUUUUGGGAUCAUAUUUUAGGAUCAUAUUUUAAAGUAUUUUUUUAUUAAAAUCUUUAAAAUAUAAAACAAUGUUAUUGGAACAGUAACGAUAUUGUGUAACUGAUCACAGUUUAAAACCAUGGUUUCGGUGUUCCAGAAUGUUAAAGGAAUCAUAAUAAAAAAUAAUUUUCAAAAUUA